AUGGCCCUCUCAACAGUCCAGGUUCACGCCCUCUCUGGAGGCCGCUUCACUCUUCCAGAAACUCAAUUCGUGAGCCCAGCGUCUAGUACAGCUCGCAAGACAGUCCCGUCGCUUUGCUUUCUCAUCCAGCAUACUUCUCCCACGACGGGUAAGACGACGCGCAUCGUCUUUGACCUAGGCGUCCGUCGGGACCCUAGCCGCUAUUCAGAGCCCAUCCGCCGUCACAUCGCCACCCGACAGCCCUUGACAACGGAUCCUGAUGUUGUCAAGAGCCUCAAGAUGGGCGGGCUGACGCCGGACGAUGUCGACUAUGUCAUAUACUCUCACGUUCACUGGGAUCACGUCGGCGAGCCGACCGAUUUUCUCCGCAGCUCCUUCGUCGUUGGGUAUGGAUCUCUUGACUUGCUACAGGGAAAUGCAUCAAAUCUACGUGGAGGUCAUUCAUUUUUCGAACCAGAGCUGCUUGAUCCGCAUCGAACUAUACAGCUUCCAGACCCAGAGGCAGCUUACAAAGCUCGGGAUGAAGCGCAGGUAUCCGGCAUCAAUUUCAGUGGGCCGUGGCGCCAGUUUGACAGCUUACCCUCAACCCUGGAUAUCUUUGGAGAUGGUAGUCUUUACAUCGUCGAUGCCCCCGGUCACCUUCCCGGCCACAUCAACCUUCUUGCACGCACCAGCGAGAACGAGAGUGACACCAAAUGGAUCUACCUUGCCGGCGAUGCCUGCCACGAUCGCCGCAUCAUGCGCCACGAAAGAGAUGUCGGACAGUGGCAGGAUGCCCAAGGCCAUACGUGUUGCAUCCAUGCUGAUCUCGAGAAAGCCAAGGCUACGAUGGAGAGGAUUAGGGACUUGGAAAGAAAAGGCAUUGAGACUAUCUUUGCGCAUGAUGUGGAGUGGGAAAUCAGCAACAGGGACAGCCAUCGUUUUUGGGGGAGUUGA